GGCGCCGUGGCGCGAAGCGACGGUGAUGGAGGACGAGACGCGUCUUCCGACACUGCCGCCGCAACGGCUCACAACGACGCUGUCGGAGCGCCGGCUGAGCGACGCAUCACCGCAGACAGAGUCAUUGGUGCUGCCAGCAACAGCCCUUCGACUUGACCAGACCAAUUCGCUCAAGCGGCGUAGCUUUCUCGACCACCGCACGACGGCUGUCGACUUGGCGUCGCACCGCAAUAAGUCCAAAGCGUCGACCGAGAACGGCAGUCGAUCCCGUCGGCUCAUCGAGUCGUCCAAGGUGGCGCCGACCUACCUCGGCGGCGCGGGCCAACCCGGCUACUCGGGGACCAUGCAUCGCUACUCGCUUCGAUUUGCCAACCGCCAUUUAGAAGACAUCUUUUGCCGCCAUUACCAACACUACGUGCUCGGCAAGGUCCGCAGCGCAUGCAUCUUUUCGACCAUGUUGCACCUGCUCAUGGGCGUUGUCGAGUUCAGCUUUGGAUAUGCGACCAAUAACGCAGCGCAGACCGGGCUACUCCUCACGCGCGCGACCGCGAUCAUGCUCACGCUCAUCUUUCGCCACUUGACGUUCCGGCCGUGGUUUAGCCUCCGCUUCGACACUGCCAUGGUCGUCUACUAUCUCCUCCUCGGGCUUCUCGUGCUUGGCACAAGCGUCGUCGUGCAAGUCUCGUCCAACGGCAGCGACGACACGUCGCUCUACUUUUUUAUGCGGGCCGGUGGUCCCAAGCCUCGUCGCUGCUCUUCAUUGCAAUGGUCUUUCACUCGACUGGGCUCAUGUUUCGAGCCGCAUGUGUCUAUUGCAUUUGGACCCGUGCUGACGAUCUUUUGUAUGGUGUCCACGUACCACAACGAGCGCCACGUACGACUCGAGUUUGUGCUCCGGUUCAACGUCGCCGACGACCGAAAGCGGCGCGACGACCUCCUCGAGACGAUGCUGCCGGCGCACAUCAAAGAAAAUCUCAAGGCGAAUCGCAGCGACGGACUUGCCGAGCAGUACGAUGAGGUGUCGAUUCUCUUUUGCUACGUCAGUGACUUUGGCCGGCUCUCGAAAACGACGCCAGCGAUCGAGCUCGUCAAGCUCAUGAACCGCAUCUUCUUCUGCUUCGACAAAGCGACCGACGCGCGGGGCGUCUACAAGGUCGAGGCGAUCGCGGAAACGUACAUGUGUGCGGCGGGCGUGCCCGUGAAGGACCCGUUCCAUCACGAGCGCAUCGCGGACAUGGCGCUCAUGAUGAUGUACAUCCAGCAGCAAGAACGCUGGACGUGCCAAGGCGAAGAGAUCCACCUCAAGAUCGGGAUUCAUAGCGGCCCGGUCGUCGCCGGCGUCAUUGGCUCCAAGACGUAUAGCUACCACCUCUUUGGCGACACGGUCAACACCUCGUCGCGCGUCUGCUCGUCGUGUCUACCGGGCAAGAUCCAGAUCAGCGCGCAAACGUACGAGCUCCUCAUGCGGUCCGGCGGCUACGAUAUCACACCCCGCGGCAAAGUCGCGCUCAAGGGCAAAGGCGAGCUCAUGCUCUACUGGCUCAACCGCAAGAUCGCGCGGCCGUGUCACGGUAUGACGGGGCUCACAGGCGCGUUUGAUGUCGCUGAAGACAAGGCGAUCACAUCGCAUUUACAUCGCAUGUCGUCUGCGAAUGCGACCAAGCUGGAACCCACGGCGACCGCCGUCGCCACCGACGCCCUCCACAUGCACCAAAUGACGCUGGCAUUUCAGCUCAAGCCCGGCGUCGAGGUCCCAAAGCGACUCGGGGGUGCCUACGCCACGAACAUGGAGAGCUCGUUCAUGGUCAAAUACAACGUCAACAACAUGGGCCAGUUCCGAGCCGCGCUACGGGUCGGUGUCGUCGUCCUCGCCUUGACUACUGUCUUCGAGAUGGUGACGAUGGCGAAAAAUCGCGACGUCUCGGUGAGCGUGCGCUCGUCGGUGCUUGCGCUCGACGUCACAGCCGUGUUGCUGCUACUGCUUCUCUUGGCCUAUAGCUACACCAAGUUCUUUCUGCUCCACAUGCAGCAAGUCGCAGGUGGCGCGAUGCUGGCGGUCAUGACGCUCCUCAACGCGAACUUGCUCUUGCAGCCGAGCCGGAAUUUCCUCACCGCCAACAUCAUCUACAUUGUGUCGGUGAGCCUCCUCCUCCGCUUUCGCUUUACGAUCUCGAUGCUUGUCAACGUCUUCAAUAUUGUCGUCUACCUCGUGCUGGUCGCGGUCAUUGGCGCCGGCAUCGCCAACAUUGUCGGCUACCUCGUCAUCACGUGCUUCUCGUUCAGCAUUGGCCAAGUCGCUUGCUACAAGCGCGAGAUUGGGCUCCGGAUGGAUUUUCUACUCAAGCACACGCUCAACGCCGAGAAGCGCAAAUGCGAAGAACUGCUCGCGAACAUGCUCCCGAGCCAGGAAUACGCCGAGGCGCUCUUACUCCAAGGCACGAUCGUCGACGAACUCGACGAAGUCACGCUUCUGUACUCGGACAUGGUGGGCUUUACAGCGCUCAGUGCGACGCUCAAGCCCGUCGAGUCGUGUCUCUUCCUCAACAAGGUCUACUCGGCCUUUGACAAGCAUCUCGAUGCGUUUGGAGUCUACAAGAUGGACACGGUCGGUGACGCGUUUAUCGUCAUCGGCGGAUUACCCAACUACAAGAGUGAAAAGUCGCAUGCCAUUGCCAUCACCGCGUUUGCAAUCGAGAUGCUGCGCGAGAUGGACGACUUUCGAAAGUCCCAAAACGUCAACUUGCAAAUGCGCAUUGGGAUUCACAGCGGCAAGGUCGUCGGCGGCGUCGUCGGUAUCAAGAAGCCGCGGUAUCUCAUUUGGGGCAGCCAAACGGUCGUUGCGAACGCGAUGGAGUCCAAGAGCCUCCCAGGCCACAUUCAAAUCUCGGCUGCCACGCACGCCAAGCUCGCGUCCUGCGCCGAAUUCAAAUUCAUUCCGCGCGGCGCCGUCGCGAUUGACGAGACGCAGUCGAUCGACACGUACUUUUUAGACAUGGCUCGCGCGCCGGCCAAGACGACGAUCCUCAACAAGUACUUUAACGCAUUGGGCGUGCGGCGUGUGGUGACGCGGCGCACGACGAGCGAGCGCCAGCUCGCCGACACGCUGCAAAAGCCAAAGCACGGCAUUCGCAUGGCCGACGCCAUCGCAGCCAUCCUCAACGGGUCCCGCACGAGCUCUGCGCUCAGCGCCGUGAGCGCACCGAAGCUGGCGGUGCCACUGAAAUCACUGGGGCUGCAAGCGGCGCGCUUCUGGGACGAGCCGCCGUACAGCAAGGAAGAUGCUACCUUGUGGCCGUCGACGCCGGCGUCGAUGCGAAAUGACCGCAGUGACAGUCUCGUGGGCGCGCCGGUGCAGCCACUGCGGGCCUUCGAGAGCGACACGGACGAAGCCAAGGCGUUCAGUGGGCUUCUCACCUCAACGUCAAUGACGCUGGGUGCCGAGUCUGCCCGCCUCUUUUCUCGACUGCAGCAACGUCUCUUGGAGCAGCACGCUGCCGAGGUCCUGCAGCUCAACGCAGCGCAUCUCCAAGAACUUGACGCGCAGAGACGGUCGGUGCACGCCGUGGCAUUGGAGCAGCAUCGCCUGCAGACCACGGCAGAGCGACAAGAGACCCUUCUCUUGCGCUUGGCCGACGCAUUGCACCGACGCGCGAUCGACACACAUCGGCGUUGGUCGAGCGCUCGCUCGGCCGUGCGGUGUCUCCGGGCAUGGAAGCAACACAUGCUCUUGCGUCGCCAGAAGCGCCAGCACCUGCGUCGCGCCAUGUCGCUGUACCUUUCGCGACUGCCCCGCCGUCCCUUCCAGCACUGGCGCGCGUAUGUCCGCGCGCAGUUGCAGGGCCGAUUGGUGCAUGCACAAAGCAGUGCGCACACACAAGAAAUUCUCGCGCUGCAGAAUGCCCAUGCAGCCGAGCUUCAAGAGCUGCGCGACCAGCUGCACCGGGCGCGGGUCGACAUGGAUGCAUACGCGCUCGAGAAGACGCGCCUCGUACACGACUUUGAACAAAGGGACGAGUGGGUGAUACAAUGUGUGAUGCCGUAGGAGGAAGACGUCCGGCGCGUCUUCUUGCGGGGCGUCUCGGCCAUGAACUUGGAAGCGCUAAGCUUGUUUCGGUCGCGGCCGCGCGACGAGGCGGCGCUGGAUGCCGACGACAGCGAGCCGCGCCCAUCGCACGCGAUACCAAUGCCGCUCUACAGCACUCGCUCCUAGUGCCAAGGGUAUGCUGCUGCUCCAUUAAUAACGAGAAUCCUCA